AUGCCCGCCCUCUACGUCGCAAUCUACUACCCCCGCUAUGGGAACUACCAACACUGGGCUCUCCACCUCCACACCGCAACCGAAGACCUCAUCUUCGAAGUCGACGGCGAACACCCUUCCUUUCGAAAGGUGACGUCCCGCGGCAAGCCCUCCGACUCCGACCUCCUAAUAAUGUCACUGCUGGUCGGCGAAAUUGGGGAUCCUGAUGUGCCCACCGUCCAAGCGGCGGUAGAGGCCGCCCGCGUCGACAAUGAGACACUCGCAUGGGAUUGUCAGGAAUAUGUGCUUGAGAUUCUCGAAGCGUGCGAGCAGGAGGCACUAUUGGAUAGAGACGAUGACCACUACAUUGAGGUGAUGAAGUUCUUGAAAUCGAAGCGGGGGCCAACACUUUGA